AUGCUCUUUGAGGGCUUGGAGCUGGUGUCGGCGCUGGCCACCCUCGCCGCGUGCCUGGUGUCGGUGACGCUGCUGCUGGCCGUGUCGCAGCAGCUGUGGCAGCUGCGCUGGGCUGCCACCCGCGACAAGAGCUGCAAGCUGCCCAUCCCUAAGGGCUCCAUGGGCUUCCCGCUCAUCGGAGAGACCGGCCACUGGCUGCUACAGGGCUCCGGCUUCCAGUCGUCGCGGAGGGAGAAGUAUGGCAACGUGUUCAAGACGCACUUGCUGGGGCGGCCGCUGAUCCGCGUGACGGGCGCGGAGAACGUGCGCAAGAUCCUCAUGGGCGAGCACCACCUCGUGAGCACCGAGUGGCCGCGCAGCACACGAAUGCUGUUGGGCCCGAACACGGUGGCCAACUCCAUCGGUGAUAUCCACCGCAACAAGCGCAAGAUCUUCUCCAAGAUCUUCAGCCAUGAAGCCCUGGAGAGCUAUCUGCCCAAGAUCCAGCUGGUGAUCCAGGACACGCUGCGUGCCUGGAGCAGCCACCCCGAGGCCAUCACCGUGUAUCAGGAGGCGCAGAAGCUCACCUUCCGAAUGGCUGUCCGCGUGCUGCUGGGCUUCAGCAUCCCCGAAGAGGACCUGGGGCACCUCUUCGAGGUCUACCAGCAGUUUGUGGAGAACGUCUUCUCCUUGCCUGUCGACUUGCCCUUUAGCGGCUACCGGCGGGGCAUUCAGGCUCGGCAGAUCCUUCAGAAGGGCCUGGAAAAGGCGAUCCGGGAGAAGCUGCAGUGCACCCAGGGCAAAGACUACUUGGAUGCACUGGACAUCCUCAUCGAGAGCAGCAAGGAGCACGGGAAGGAGAUGACCAUGCAGGAGCUGAAGGACGGGACCUUGGAGCUGAUCUUUGCGGCCUACGCCACCACCGCCAGCGCCAGCACCUCGCUCAUCAUGCAGCUGCUGAAGCACCCAGCCGUGCUGGAGAAGCUGCGGGAGGAGCUGCGGGCCCACGGUAUCUUGCACAGUGGCGGCUGCCUCUGCGAGGGCACGCUGUGCCUCGACACGCUCAGCGGACUGCACUACCUGGACUGCGUCAUCAAGGAAGUCAUGCGCCUUUUCACACCCAUUUCUGGCGGCUACCGCACCGUGCUGCAGACCUUCGAGCUUGAUGGUUUCCAGAUCCCCAAAGGAUGGAGUGUCAUGUACAGCAUCCGGGAUACCCAUGACACAGCGCCCGUGUUCAAAGACGUGAACGUAUUCGACCCCGACCGCUUCAGUCAGGCGCGGAGCGAAGACAAGGACGGCCGCUUCCAUUACCUCCCCUUCGGCGGCGGCGUCCGGACCUGCCUGGGCAAGCACCUGGCCAAGCUGUUCCUGAAGGUGCUGGCGGUGGAGCUGGCCAGCACGAGCCGCUUUGAGCUGGCCACACGGACCUUCCCCCGCAUCACCUUGGUCCCCGUCCUGCACCCCGUGGAUGGCCUCUGCGUCAAGUUCUUUGGCCUGGACUCCAACCAGAACAAGAUCCUGCCAGAGACGGAGGCCAUGCUGAGCGCCACAGUCUAACCAUGCCUGGCCCGCACCCCCACCUCAGCCCCGCCAGGCCAUGGGGGUGGGAGGCAAUGGAAGGCUAGAAACCUGUGUGUGGG